AUGAGGCUGCUGGUCACCCUGGGUCUGCUGUGGGGCUCGGCAGCCACCACGUCCUCGGGCCCGCAGUGGCCCAAGCCCGUGUUCGGGCGCCUGGCAUCUCCUGGCUUCCCAGGCACGUAUGCCAACAACCAAGAGCAGCGCUGGGCCCUGACAGCGCCCCCCGGCUACCGCCUGCGCCUCCACUUCACUCACUUCCAGCUGGAGCCCUCGUACCUCUGCGAGUACGACUUCGUCAAGCUGAGCGCCGGGACCACGGUGCUGGCCACGCUGUGCGGGUCAGAGAGCACGGACACGGAGCGGGCGCCCGGCAACGCCACCUUCUACUCACCGGGCUCCAGCCUCGACGUCACCUUCCGCUCCGACUACUCCAACGAGAAGCCGUUCGUGGGCUUCGAGGCCUUCUACUCAGCAGAGGACAUUGACGAGUGCCAGGUGCCCCCAGGAGAGGCCCCCACCUGCGAGCACCACUGCCACAAUCACCUGGGUGGCUUCUACUGCUCCUGCCGUUUGGGCUAUGUUCUCCACAGGAACAAGCACACUUGCUCAGCCCUGUGCUCAGGCCAGGUCUUCACCGCCCGGUCUGGGGUGCUCAGCAGCCCUGGAUACCCUCAGCCGUACCCCAAACUCUCCAGCUGCACCUACAGCAUCCGCCUGGAGGAGGGGUUCCGUGUCACCCUGGACUUCGUGGAGUCCUUUGACGUGGAGACGCACCCUGAGACCCAGUGCCCCUAUGACUCCCUGAAGAUUCAAACAGACAAGGAGGAAUAUGGCCCAUUUUGUGGGAAGACGUUGCCCCGCAGGAUUGAAACCAAGAGCAACACUGUGACCAUCACCUUUGCCACCGAUCAGUCGGGGGACCACACGGGCUGGAAGAUCCAUUACAACAGCACAGCUCAGCCCUGCCCUGACCCGACGGCACCACCUAACGGCCGCAUCUCCCCUGUGCAGGCCAAAUACAUCAUGAAAGACCGCUUCUUUGUCUUCUGCGAGUCGGGCUACGAACUUCUGCAAGGUUAUUGGCCCCUGAAAUCAUUUGUUGCAGUCUGUCAGACAGAUGGAUCUUGGGACCAACCGAUGCCGGAGUGCAGCGUUGUUGACUGUGGCCCUCCUGAUGACCUACCCAGUGGCCAAGUGGACUAUAUAACGGGUGCCGAGGUGACCAUAUACAAAGCUGUGGUUAAAUAUCGCUGUAAUGAGUUCUACACAAUGAGAACAGAUGAUGGUAACUAUGUGUGUGAGGCUGAUGGAUUCUGGACGAGCUCCAAAGGAGAAAAAUCACCCCCCGUCUGUGAGCCUGUCUGUGGAAUAUCCACCCGUACCACAGAAGGUCGUAUAUAUGGAGGACAAAAUGCAAAGCUUGGCGAUUUUCCUUGGCAAGCACUGUUAUUAGGUAAAACUAUAGCAGCAGGUGCACUUCUAUAUGACAACUGGAUCCUAACAGCUGCUCAUGCUGUAUAUGAGCAAAGAGAAGACGCCUCCUCCCUAGACAUUAGAAUGGGUGCCCUGAAGAGACUGUCACCUCGUUAUACACAAGCCUGGGCCGAGGCCAUUUUUAUACAUGAACGUUACACUCAUAAUGCUGGUUACGAUAAUGACAUAGCAUUGAUUAAACUGAAGAACAAAGUUGUAUUAAAUAGCGACAUCUUGCCUAUUUGUUUGCCAAGAAAAGAAGCUGAAUGCUUCAUGAGAACCAAUGAUAUUGGAACUGCAUCUGGAUGGGGAUUAACCCAAAGGGGUUUUCUUGCCAGAAAUCUAAUGUUUGUUGACAUACCAGUUGUUGACCAUCAAAACUGUACUGCGGCAUAUGCAAAGAAGUCCUAUCCGGGGGGAAGGGUAACUGACAACAUGCUUUGUGCUGGUUUAGAAAGUGGGGGCAAGGACAGCUGUAAAGGCGACAGUGGGGGGGCAUUAGUGUUUCUACAUAAUGAGACACAGAAAUGGUUUGUGGGAGGAAUAGUGUCCUGGGGUUCCAUUAAUUGUGGGGAAGCAGAUCAGUAUGGGGUCUACACAAAAGUCAUUAACUAUAUUCCCUGGAUCAAGAACAUAAUUAAUAGUUUUUAACUUGUGUGUCUCCAGUGAGUACAUGAUUCUUUGUUCUAAAAAAUACCUGUAGAAGACCUCAGGGGCAAACUGACCUGAGAAACAUUAACACGACAGUUGCCGUUCCACCUCAAAACCAAACCAAACUACAGGUGAGAAGUGCCUUUCAGGCACUUCUCCACUUGCCACUUUUCCACCACGUACUCUCUGAUUGAAGGGGACAUAAACCACAUUGUAGUGAUAUUCAUUCACCGUUGCCAAUCCAACAGAAACCCACUGGUUAAAUUUGGAUUUACUUACAAAAGUCCAGCGUCUUUUUGUACUGGCCAUUUGCAUUUCUGGAAAUUGCCUGUUCAUGUUCUUUAACUGUUUUUCUCCAGUUUUUUGUACUUGUCCUUACUGUUCUCUGAGAGCGUUACAUAUCAUAGCAGUACUGGUUCAGGAAUUACUUUGAAUCAUGUUUUUCUUGGGUAGAUAAAUUGGAAAUAUCAAUACUUUGGCCUAGGUAUAGACUGAUUUCCAUGUUAAAAGCGAUGCUGUAAUUUUUCACUUCUCAAACUGGCAGACAAGAAGAGCAUGGAACAGCACCAGUUCACACUGUCGAAGGCGACGAAUUUUCUGAAGGACAAUUUGGCAAAUCUAUUUCACAAGUCUUAAAAGCAUGCAUAGUCUCUGACCUGGUCAUUCCAAUGCUAAGAUUUUAAUUUAGCUGUGAGGAUGUUCCUAGCACUUGGAAAUAACCUAAAUAUUUUAUUUUCAAAUUCAGAAGACAGUUGAAUCAAAUGUGGCAUUUCCAUAAGAUGAAAUACAACAUUAAAAAUAAGUGGCGGUAUUAUUGAUAAAUCAAUCUGUAGUGUUUUCUUCCUUCUUACCACGAACGUGGAAUACUUGGGCACAUUUAAAAAUAGAUUACAGAUUGUACAACAGCUAAGUACAGAACUUAAAUACACAGUUAAGAGUUACUCUCCUAGUAUUCAACAACCAAAAAUUAUUCUAAUUAUCACAUACAUCUUCUGAAUUACUAAGUACUCAACAUCU